AUGGUGAUGAAGAGCAAGAAGAGUAAGAGUAAGAGGGUUUCGUUGAAGAAUAAGUACAAGGUGAGACGGAAGGUGAAAGAGCACAACAGAAAAAAAGCGAAGGAAGCGAAGAAGCUUAGGCAGAGUGGGAAAAAUAAGGUUGAGAAGGAUCCUGGUAUUCCCAACAAUUGGCCUUUUAAGGAACAGGAACUCAAAGCCCUUGAGGCUCGAAGAACGAAGGCCAUUGAGGAAUUGGAGCAAAAGAAAGUCGAACGCAAGGAGAGGGCUCGUAAAACGAAAUUGGGCUUGCUAGAGGAGGAAGAUGACUCUAAGUUUUAUGGGGGUGCACGAAGAAUUAAAGAAUCUGGCCAAUACCCUAAACCUAAAUCAAAUUAUUCUUCCAGAAAGCACAUCACCUAA